UUUGUACUCUCGCCAAAAUGUCCAUGUCAGUUGAAGAGACCCAAGCACCCCGCGAGGGCUUUCCUCGUCCAUUUCCUAAUACGCCGAGCAAUGUCAUCGAGCAAUUCCGAAUGAAUGGCAAAGCCAUCAUUGUUAACGGCGCGGCAGAUGGGAUCGGUCUUGCAGUAGCCGAAGCAAUGGCUGAAGCGAAGGGCAAUGUUGCACUGUGGUAUAAUUCAAACAACGCAGCGGUUGUAAGGGCGGAAGAGUUGGCAAAGCUGCAUGGUGUGAAGACGAAGGCGUAUCAGGUCAACAUCACUAAACCGGAAGAGGUUCAGCACGGCAUUUCUAAGGUAGUUGAAGAUUUUGGCCGCAUCGAUGUCUUCGUCGCGAAUGCCGGCAUGGCGGACUCCAAGCCUCUCCUAGACCAAACCCUUGAAGAUUAUCGAAAACUCAUGUCCGUAAACGUCGACGGCGUAGUCCACUGCGCCAAGUUCGCCGGCGAGGUCUUCCGCAAUCAGAACCAUGGCAACCUCAUCAUCACCUCUAGCAUGAGCGCCCACGUCGUCAACGUUCCCGUCGACCAGCCCGUAUACAACGCGACCAAAGCCUUCGUCACGCACUUCGGCAAAUCGCUGGCGCGGGAAUGGCGCGAAUUUGCACGCGUGAAUAUCGUGUCCCCGGGAUUUUUCAACACGAAGAUGGGUGCCGGCCCGACGAUCAUUAAUGAGGCCUAUCGGAUGACGCCACUGGGGAGGCAGGGACAUACGAAGGAGAUCAAGGGGCUGUAUUUGUAUCUUGCCAGCGAUGCGAGCUCGUAUAUGACGGGAAGCGAUAUUUUGAUUGACGGCGGGUAUUGCCUCCCUUGAGUGGGUCACGAUUUGCUAUGGCGAGCUGAGGAGGAGUAAGCAAGGGGUUU